AUGUCAAAUAUUACUAAAUGUUUUAAAUUAGUUUAUGAUACUGUAAUAAUAAAAUAUAAGGAGCCCUUAGAGAAUUUAGAUAGACAAAUUUCUAUGCAUUUACAGGAAGCCGAUAUAAGAACGAGGCCAUCACACAGCAAUGGAAUAUGGUGUCCUUUUUUAUUGCCAGCAAUUUUAAUGACAUACACUUGUUUUGAUAAUGUAUCACUUUUAUACAAAUUUAUAUCGUUAUCUUCAUUAGGAUUACUGUGUUAUUGUAUGCUGUUCUUAAUUUUCUUUUCCACAUCAAGUGAAGUUUUAAAAACAACAUCAUUUUCAGGCUGUGUAGCAUCUGGGACAUUAACAAGUGCAAUAAUACAUAUUUUUUUGCAACAAGGGUUGCAGAUUUCUAUAGUAUUGCCCUUAUCAUCCACCAUGCUAUUUGCUUGGUUGCUUCAGUUAAAUAUAAUAAAAUGUCACAACACAUUUACCAUAGGAGAAGCAAUGAUAAUGACACAAUCUGUAGUUUUAUUCUGUGCAAUGUGUUUAGUUAAAUUCUUUUAUGAACUUCAUAGUGCUGAUGAAGAAACAGAGUUCAUAGGUGUUAUAGUAUAUACAGUGUUAUCAACAGUGGGAUUAAUUGUUACAGCAUUAUAUAUUCUGUCUGAUUCUCAAAGGAACUUAAACGCUCUUGCAUAUAUAAUAGGCUCAGCAGUAAUAUUUGUAUUACUUAUGCUACAUUCCAUCCUUGGCUCUAAUUGUUUAAUAACUAUAUUUUCUUAUAUAUUUCUGAAGAAUAAUCGGGCGAAAAUUUUCGCAUUCUGGCUGAUUUUAUUAGUUAUAGCAAUAUGUGUGUUAUGCAUACGCACUAAGCUAGCAGUCAAAGCAAGUACAGUGACAAGGAAAACUUUUCAUGUCCUAGCUUCCCUUGUGUUUAUGUCUGGGAUCAUUUUUGAUGUCAAUUUAAUGACAUUAGCAGCUGGAAUUGGUUUAGGAGUCCUGAUUUUUGUUGAAGCUUUAAGGAAAUCGGGUAUAGAACCAAUUUCUUCACCUUUACAAUCAACAUUUUUAGUUUAUUCAGAUGAAAAGGACUGCGGUCUAUUUGCAAUGACUCCGCUCUAUCUCUACAUAGGCUUGGCCUUCCCUUUACUCGUAGUACCAAACAGAGCGGAUAGAGAUUUAGAAUUACUAAGUGGAGUGUUGUCUAUCGGUGUAGGAGAUACCGCUGCUAGCUGGUUUGGCUCCAAGUAUGGCUUCAAUAAAUGGUCAGGUAGUAACAGGACAUUGGAGGGCACUGCGUUCAAUAUUCUUUCACAAGUCGGGACAGUGUAUGCUUUGCAGUUGUUUGGUUUAUUAAAUGCAAAAUAUGCUCUAUUAAGGACAAUAUUUGCAGCGACUGUAUCGGGAUUGGUUGAAGCCAAGACGGAUCAAGUGGACAACUUAGUAUUACCAUUAGUAACUAUGCUUGCGUUUCAAUUUACAAGGAUAUUUUAU